AUGCUCUAAAACUUGGGAUAAAUUGGCUUAUGUUUUCAAAACCGCCCCCCUCCUCCCCCACCCACAAAAUGUAACGACGACCUGUAACUGAAGUGGCAGCGACGUAAUUAGGUGGGAAAUGACUGGUCCUUAUCGAAAGGAGGCCAACUUUACCAAUGACCUUCCCGUUUCUCUCUCCAGACAUUUCAUCGUUUGGUUGCGUGCGGCUGUCUCUAUCUCCUCUUCUCUUCUCUUCCCUCUCUCCCACCAAGAGGUUGAAUAUAAAGCUGAAACCAACUGAAUAGCAACCAACUGAGUAGCAAUUUAGCAAAGCUCUUUGGAUUCUAGAGAUAAAUAAACAAGGCAACAACUGAGAAAGAAAGAAAAGACAGCAGAAUGGCUCUGAGUUUCAAUUCCAUGAUGACUUUCCCAUCUCACAACCUCCUUUCUAAGUCCCACAAUCUCAGAUCUCCAAAAAUCUUCCUGGCCUCUACUCUUCACUCUCCCGCUAAUGAGAUGGAAAAUUUGAAGAAGUCUUUUUUGCCUCCACGUGAGGUACAUGUUCAAGUGAAACAUUCACUGCCUCCUCAACAGAUUGAGAUCUUCAAAUCAUUAGAAGAUUGGGCUGAUAAGAACAUCUUGGUACACCUAAAGCCAGUUGAGAAAUGCUGGCAACCACAAGAUUUUCUUCCUGAUGAUUAUUUUGUUGUGUUGGUUGGAGAUAUGAUCACUGAAGAAGCCCUACCAACUUAUCAGACAAUGCUUAAUACCUUGGAUGGAGUUCGGGAUGAUACUGGUGCAAGCCUUACUUCCUGGGCAAUAUGGACCAGGGCCUGGACUGCCGAAGAGAACAGGCAUGGUGACCUUCUAAACAAGUAUCUUUAUCUCUCGGGACGAGUAGAUAUGAAACAAAUUGAAAAGACAAUUCAAUAUCUUAUUGGAUCAGGAAUGGAUCCUAAAACAGAAAACAAUCCUUACCUUGGGUUCAUAUAUACUUCAUUUCAAGAGAGGGCAACAUUCAUCUCCCAUGGGAACACAGCCAGGCAAGCCAAAGAGCACGGGGACCUGAAAUUGGCUCAGAUAUGUGGUACCAUUGCCUCGGAUGAAAAACGCCAUGAAACUGCCUAUACAAAGAUUGUGGAAAAGCUCUUUGAGAUUGAUCCAGAUGGCACUGUCUUGGCUUUAGCUGACAUGAUGAAAAAAAAAAUAUCAAUGCCAGCCCACUUGAUGUACGAUGGUCAAGAUGAUAACCUUUUUGAACAUUUCUCAGCUGUUGCCCAGCGGCUUGAAGUGUAUACUGCUAGGGAUUAUGCUGAUAUUUUGGAGUUUUUGGUUGGAAGAUGGAACAUAGAGAAGUUGACGGGUCUCUCGGGUGAGGGACGUAAAGCGCAGGAUUUUGUGUGUAGAUUGCCGCCCAGAAUUAGAAGGUUGGAGGAGAGGGCUCAGGGAAAGGCCAAGCAAUCAUCCACUGUUCCAAUCAGCUGGCUUUUUGGUAGAGAAGUAAAGGUUUAAAAGUAACUUUAGAAGAGUGUUUUCGUUUUUCUUUCAGAAUGUGUUUCUUCUGUAUGCCCUUUCAAUGGAAUGGUGUGCUUACUCUCUUUCUCAAGUAA